AUGUAUACGCGUUUAAUAUUUGUUAUUCUAUUCAUUUGUGGUGAUUCUCAAAAAUUGUACGACAGUCGCUAUGACUAUUACGAUACCGAUCAUCUAAUUGAAAAUCCGCGACUUCUCAAGAAAUAUAUCAAUUGCUUCCUCAACGAGGGACCCUGUACUCCGAUAGGAAAAGACUUCAAAAUGGCAUUACCGGAAAUAGUCAGAACGGCUUGCUCACGAUGUUCGCCAUCACAAAAGAGGCUCGCACAGAAAACCUUCGAAGCCUUCAACCUGUACCUACACGAUGACUACAAUACACUGAAAAGUCGAUUGGAUCCUGAGAACAGAUUUUUCGGGAAAUUUUUAAGAAGUAUAUAUAUUAUGAUGAGGGCCGUCUUUGUCUUAGCAUGUUUGGUUCUUACGGUGUCAGCUGUAGAAAAAUAUAGUUCAAAGUAUGAUAACUUCGAUGUCGACACUUUGAUCUCUAAUGAUCGGCUUCUGAAGUCAUACAUCAACUGUUUCUUGGACAAGGGCAGAUGUACCUCUGAAGGAGCAGACUUUAAAAAGCAUUUACCAGAGGCAAUAGAGACGACCUGCGGAAAAUGCAGUGAAAAACAGAAAAGCAACAUCAAAACAGUAAUUAAGGCUAUCCAGCAGAAACAUCCCAAACAAUGGGACGAGCUUGUCAAGAAGAACGACCCAACUGGCAAACACAGGGACAACUUCGAUAAAUUCAUCCAAGGAAGCUAAAUUUGUAAUAUUCAUUAAACUUUCUCCAAUGGUAGGUAGUACACAAUAGUGUAUCUAGGCAACGAAGUUAUAAACAACAAUUUGAAAUGCCUAAUAUUUAACAACUGUUUGACAUAUAAGUAACGUAUAUUUUAAUUUGAUAGUAGGAGAUCGAUAAAUCAUAAUGAACAGUUGAUAACCUGACUAACCCUUUUGAUAGAAUUUCAGUUUUUAUUCGCCUCUAAUCAUCGUGCUUAUCCUGGUUUUAUUCUCUGAUUCCCAUCGACAUAAUAUUAAUUUAGCAGCAAGAUUGACAUUUUUAUAAUGAGGCUCCAAUGAAUUGUUAUAACAUAAGAUUGUGAAAAAAAAUAUUAAAAACACGCGCAUUUGAAUGUGCUUGUGUAGACUGAUAUAAUAAAGAAAUUGUGAUAA